CUGGGCGGGGGGGCUGGGGGAGGGGCGUUAAGAUGGCGGCGGGGAGGUAGGCAGAGCCGGACGCCGCUGCCGCUGCCUCCGCCGCCUCCGCCGCGCUCGGCUCGCCCACUGUUGGCGAAGCUCUCGUCGUCCGGGAGAGGCUGUCCUGGCGUCGGCUCCCGCCGGGGAAAAUGGUGGAACCAGGGCAGGAUUUACUGCUUGCUGCUCUGAGUGAGAGCGGGAUUAGUCCCAAUGACCUCUUUGAUAUCGAUGGUGGCGAUGUGGUGCUGGGAACCCCAACCCCCACUCCUGCAGUUCAGCAGUCAGUGCCACUUAACGCAUUAGAACUCAGUGUGGAGCCUGAAGCAGCAGUUCCUGCUAAACCAGAGCCAGAGGCUGUCCCUCCUGCAGCACUGUUAAACAUGAGGCAGCAGCCGCCAUCCACGACGACAUUCGUGCUCAACCAGAUCAGCCAGCUUCCUACCUUGGGGUCUACGAUUGUCAUGACCAAAACGCCACCUGUAACAACCAAUAGGCAAACCAUCACUUUAACGAAAUUCAUGCAGACGACUGCGAGCACUCGGCCUUCUGCCUCGGCCCCGGCAGUGCGGGCUGCCGCGAGCCCCGCCUCUUCCAAGGAGCAGGUGCAGCUGAAGGAUCUGCUCAAGAACAACAGUCUGAACGAGCUCAUGAAGCUCAAGCCGCCUCCGAACAUCGCGCAACCUGUGGCCACGGCAGCCACUGAUGUAAGCAAUGGUACAGUGAAAAAAGAGUCUUCUAACAAGGAGGUGGCGAGGAUCUGGAUAAAUGACAUGAAGAUGCGGAGCUUCUCCCCGACCAUGAAGGUACCCAUUGUAAAGGAGGAAGAUGAGCCCGAGGAAGAAGAUGAAGAAGAAAUGGGUCAUGCAGAAACCUAUGCAGAAUAUAUGCCGAUAAAAUUAAAAAUUGGCCUACGCCAUCCAGAUGCUGUAGUGGAAACUAGCUCUUUAUCCAGUGUUACGCCUCCUGAUGUUUGGUACAAAACGUCUAUUUCUGAAGAAACUAUUGACCACGGCUGGUUGUCAGCGUUGCAGCUGGAGGCGAUUACAUAUGCUGCCCAGCAACAUGAGACAUUCCUCCCUAAUGGAGACCGUGCUGGCUUCUUGAUCGGUGACGGUGCCGGGGUUGGCAAAGGCCGGACGAUAGCGGGCAUCAUCUAUGAGAACUACCUGCUGAGCAGGAAGCGAGCGCUUUGGUUUAGCGUCUCAAAUGACUUAAAGUAUGAUGCUGAGAGAGAUUUGAGAGAUAUCGGAGCAAAGAACAUCUUGGUGCAUUCACUAAAUAAGUUUAAAUAUGGAAAAAUUUCUUCCAAACAUAAUGGGAGUGUGAAAAAGGGUGUUAUUUUUGCUACCUAUUCUUCCCUUAUUGGUGAAAGCCAGUCUGGUGGUAAAUACAAAACAAGAUUGGAGCAGCUUCUCCAUUGGUGCGGCAGUGACUUCGACGGAGUGAUAGUGUUUGAUGAGUGUCAUAAAGCAAAAAACUUAUGUCCUGUUGGUUCUUCAAAACCCACCAAGACAGGCUUAGCAGUUUUAGAGCUUCAGAACAAAUUGCCGAAAGCCAGAGUUGUUUACGCUAGUGCCACUGGUGCGUCCGAACCACGUAACAUGGCCUACAUGAACCGUCUUGGAAUAUGGGGUGAGGGAACGCCAUUUAGAGAAUUCAGUGAUUUUAUUCAAGCAGUAGAAAGAAGAGGUGUAGGUGCCAUGGAGAUCGUCGCUAUGGACAUGAAGCUUCGAGGGAUGUACAUCGCACGACAGCUGAGCUUCACUGGAGUGACCUUCAAAAUCGAGGAAGUGCUUCUUUCUCAGAGCUAUGUGAAAAUGUAUAACAAAGCAGUCAGACUGUGGGUCAUUGCCAGGGAGCGAUUUCAGCAAGCUGCUGAUCUGAUCGAUGCUGAGCAGCGAAUGAAGAAGUCCAUGUGGGGUCAGUUCUGGUCUGCUCACCAGAGGUUUUUCAAGUACUUGUGUAUAGCUUCCAAAGUUAAAAGAGUUGUGCAACUAGCCCGGGAAGAAAUCAAGAAUGGAAAAUGUGUGGUCAUUGGUCUGCAGUCCACAGGAGAAGCUAGAACCUUAGAAGCCUUGGAAGAGGGCGGUGGAGAAUUGAAUGAUUUUGUUUCAACUGCCAAAGGAGUUUUGCAGUCCCUCAUAGAAAAGCACUUUCCUGCUCCAGACAGAAAAAAACUUUACAGUUUACUAGGAAUUGAUUUGACUGCUCCAAGCAAUAGCAGUUCGCCCAGAGACAGUCCCUGUAAAGAAAGUAAAGUGAGGAAGCGAAAAGGUGACGAAAUAACCCGGGAAGCCAAAAAGGCACGAAAGGCGGGUGGCCUUGCCGGGAGCAGCUCCGACGACAGUGGCGGCAGUGAAUCUGAUGCCUCUGAGAAUGAAGAGAGCGACUACGAAAGCUCCAAAAACAUGAGUUCCGGAGAUGACGACGACUUCAAUCCGUUUCGAGAUGAAUCUAGUGAGGAUGAUGAAGAUGAUCCUUGGUUAAUCAGGAAAGAGCACAAGAAAAACAAAGAGAAGAAAAGGAAGAAGAGCAUAGACCCAGAUUCGAUUCAAAGUGCCUUAUUAGCUUCAGGACUCGGAUCAAAGCGACCUAGCUUCUCGUCUACGCCUGUCGUCUCGCCUGUUCCUAACAGCACCGCAGCUAAUAGUAAUACCAACAGUAGCAACAGCCUUAUAACAAGUCAGGAUGCUGUGGAGCGGGCCCAGCAUAUGAAGAAGGACCUGCUUGACAAGCUGGAAAAAUUAGCGGAAGACCUCCCUCCUAAUACCCUGGAUGAGCUUAUUGAUGAACUUGGUGGCCCUGAGAACGUGGCUGAGAUGACAGGCCGCAAGGGGCGGGUUGUGAGCAACGAUGACGGAAGCGUGUCUUACGAGUCACGGUCUGAGCUCGAUGUGCCUGUGGAGAUACUGAACAUCACCGAGAAGCAGAGGUUCAUGGAUGGAGAUAAGAACAUUGCGAUCAUCUCGGAGGCUGCCAGCUCAGGCAUCUCAUUACAAGCAGAUCGGAGAGCCAAAAACCAGAGGCGGAGAGUUCACAUGACUUUGGAGUUACCGUGGAGUGCUGAUAGAGCUAUUCAGCAGUUUGGAAGAACUCACAGAUCGAACCAAGUCACUGCUCCUGAGUACGUCUUUUUGAUUUCGGAAUUGGCGGGAGAGCAGAGAUUCGCGUCCAUUGUGGCUAAGAGACUUGAAAGUCUGGGUGCGCUUACCCAUGGGGACAGAAGGGCAACAGAGUCCAGGGACCUGAGCCGGUUCAACUUUGACAACAAGUAUGGAAGAAAUGCUUUAGAAAUUGUCAUGAAGUCCAUUGUUAACUUGGAUUCUCCUAUGGUAUCUCCACCUCCAGAUUAUCCUGGAGAGUUCUUUAAAGAUGUUCGUCAAGGAUUGAUAGGAGUCGGCUUGAUCAAUGUGGAAGAUCGCUCAGGAAUUCUUACUCUGGAUAAAGAUUAUAACAACAUAGGAAAAUUCUUAAAUAGAAUUUUGGGUAUGGAGGUGCAUCAACAGAAUGCGUUAUUUCAGUAUUUUGCGGACACACUUACUGCAGUUGUUCAGAAUGCCAAAAAAAAUGGAAGAUAUGACAUGGGAAUCUUAGAUCUUGGAUCUGGAGAUGAAAAAGUGAGGAAGACUGAUGUUAAGAAGUUCCUGACUCCAGGAUACUCAACUUCUGGGCACGUGGAGUUGUACACGAUCAGCGUAGAAAGGGGAAUGUCUUGGGAGGAAGCCACCAAAAUUUGGGCGGAACUGACAGGACCAGAUGAUGGUUUUUACUUGUCUUUACAAAUAAGAAACAACAAGAAAACUGCCAUCUUAGUCAAAGAAGUGAACCCCAAAAAGAAGCUUUUCCUGGUUUAUCGACCAAAUACUGGGAAACAGCUGAAGUUAGAAAUUUAUGCUGAUCUAAAAAAGAAGUAUAAAAAGGUCGUCUCGGAUGACGCCUUGGUGCACUGGCUGGAUCAGUAUAAUUCGUCUGCAGAUACUUGCACUCAUGCUUACUGGCGUGGCAAUUGCAAAAAAGCCAGUUUGGGAUUAGUCUGUGAAAUAGGUCUCCGAUGCCGCACUUACUAUGUCUUAUGUGGCUCAGUACUCAGUGUGUGGACGAAAGUGGAGGGUGUUCUGGCAUCUGUCAGUGGGACAAAUGUGAAAAUGCAGAUAGUGCGGCUAAGAACAGAAGAUGGACAGCGAAUUGUAGGUUUGAUCAUUCCGGCAAAUUGCGUGUCUCCGCUUGUCAAUCUUCUCUCCACUUCCGAUCAGUCCCAGCAGCUUGCAGUGCAGCAGAAGCAGCUGUGGCAGCAACAUCACCCGCAGAGCAUCGCCAGCCUGAGCAACGCCUAGAGGACAGACGGCAUCUGAAAGGCCGACGAAGCAUAUCAUUUGCCUCAAAAUCAGGGACAGUUUCCAAAGAAUUAUAUAUUUUUUCAGUUGUGCUCUCU